GCCCGGCUCACAGUCCUCCCACGACGCCUCACGAAUACGCACGCACGAACCUUCAAUCACCGAAGGGCCCCUUCGUCAAUUGCUCGCGCGCGCGCCCCUGCAGCAGCAGCAGCAGGAGAAAAAGACAUUCACGAACCAGAUACCCAAAGAAGAAGAAGAAGAUCCCCCUCCGAUAAGAGUCACGUUACCUGAAGGAGAAAGUCUUGGAGGCGUAGUUGUAGCUUAGGCAGGUGUCAGCGCCCUUUUGCGGCUGUGAGGAAGAAGGAGGAGUUGUAGAAGGGACAUUUGCGUCAGGUGUGUGUGUGUGUGAGGGUGUGUGUGCGUGUGUUUGUGUGUGUGUAUGUGUGUGUGUGUGAUAGUGCGUGCGACGGCGACGGUGGUAGUGUUGGUAUCCGUAUCACCCAAAUGGUGCAGGUGGCAGUGAGAGAGAGACAAAACGAAGAACAACAACAACAACCACCAAAGGAAUUGUAGGAGGAGGACCUUCGCCAACCCGUGUAUCGUCAGGAUUCUUCCCACGCGCCCUUCCUUGCCAGUGCAAGACGCAGCAGCAACAGGGACAUCCCUAGAGAUUCUUUAUGAAUGAACGCCAAGUGCCUAGAGAGGUGAACGCACAACGAAUCUGGACACGUUGAACGAACUCAUCCCAACGAUGCAUCUUCGGUGGACGAAUUGACUUUCGAAAAGAUCGUCGCCUCCUCUUUCAAAUAUCUCUCGUCCCCGAGUCUUAACAUCAAGUUUUCUUAGCUUUUUCCUUCAGGUAUUUGAUCUCUUGACGUAAGGCAGCCAGCCCACUGGCCAUUACCUUUAGAUAAAUCCUCCCCUAAUUAUUAUAAGCAUCCCAGUGACAGCAGCUGCCAAGAAUGGCCGACAGACGGUGUGCCCUGACUUUGGAUAUGUGACGCUCGGCGCAGAGGAAACGUCGUAGAGGAAAAUCCAUAUACUGUGUUACCUGUCGGGGAUAAGCCGAGAUUCUGUAGCGUUCUCGCACCCCAAGUGACCCAUUUCCGAAGGAGGAACCCGUCGCAAAGAAGGCCGUCGGGAGAAACGCAAGCAGAUACAUACUAGUCAUUGCGUGGAGCAAUGGGCAAGUGGUACUACUGUCGAGGUGUGUCGAGGCUGGAAGAAGACGUGAUGGAGGCCUAAUAACACCGAGGGUGUUUUCCUGUGUGGUUCCAGUCUUGUGAUUCCUUAGCCCUCGUUCCCCUUUUCAUAGCCACCGGCCUGGAAGCCCUCACAGUUGUCGAAUGGAGAAUGCAGCUCCUACUGAAGAGUAAGCACCGGGAGAAGGGUGGUGGUAGUGGAGGAGGGGGGGGAGGGGGAGGAAGAGGAGAUAGUGGGGGAGGUUCCAGAGGACUACCGGAGGUGGCUACCGGCGGCGGCGGACCAGGCCCUUCCAAACCUCCCUCGAGAGGUCCAUCUCGCGGGCCCUCAAGAGGCUCUUCCAGGCCGUCUUCCAGACCUCCAUCCAGGCCGCCUUCCAGAGAUGCCAGCCCUCAGCGCGAAGCGGCCAAUUUCCAUCCCGACUUAGUCUCCUGCGGAGGCACCUACUGCGAGUCCCCCUACCAUCACCACUACCACCACCAUGGGCACCAUCACUACCAUCACCACAACUUCCACAAUGGCGGGAGGGACUCCCGCCUCUCCUACCGCCACCACCGUCCGACCGUCACUCACGAAUUACCUGACGGGGUGCCCGACCCCCGCUUCACUCAGACGUGCCCCUGCGGAGCGGGCAUAUCGCGAGCACCGUCCUGGGAAAGAGAGUGCCCUCCUGACGUGGCUGAGUCAGGGUGCUUUCCGAAGGGGCGCUCCAAAGGACACGAGGACGGGUCUUCUGGAUCGAGGAGUGGUGGGCGGCGCUCGGGUCACAAGGACGGGCGAGGAAGGAUGCGGCGUCUCAUUGAUAUGUCUGUGAUAAUGGGCAUCUUUAAGCCGUGUAAGUUCAAAAGGAUGCUGAACAAAGAGCUGAGUCACUUCUCCGAAUCCAGCAAAUCUGGCAACCAGAUUUCAGAGUUCAUCUGCACCACUUUCCUGGACCAACAGCAGGAGCUGGACAUCCCCAGCCUCCGAGUGGACGACGGGGAGAGAGUCAAGAAGAAAGACCGAGUCCUUUCUGCGGCAGCUUCGUCCGCCUUCGCGUCGUCGUCAUCCUCAGCUGCACAGGCGAUGCCCCCGGCAAUCCAGAACGCCGUGCCCACCACGGCAGCUGCGGUGGGAGGCGUGGCCGCCCACCGGGAGGUGUCCAUGUCGAAGAUCCAAGGGGUAAGGAAGCCCCUCCUGCACGCCAACUCCUUCUCUGGCGACAGGAUGCCCAAGUACGGCAUCGACACCGUGCACGAAGAGGAACUCGGCAAGCUGGACGAAAUAUACGAAGAGAUCUUAGAGGAUGUAGACAAAUGGGGUAUUGAUAUCUACAGGAUAUCUGAGCUGUCCAACAGAAAGCCUUUGACUACAGUAACCUACACAAUAUUCGUGGAACGUGACUUACUGAAGACGUUUAAAAUUCCGCCCAAGACUUUCAUAACUUUUAUGAUGACACUGGAAGAACAUUACUUGAAGGACGUUCCUUACCACAAUUCCUUACACGCUGCUGACGUCACGCAGUCCACCCAUGUCCUCCUCAAUUCGCCUGCCCUUGAGUCAGUGUUCACAAACCUGGAAAUUCUGGCAGCCAUUUUUGCAGCUGCCAUUCACGAUGUGGAUCAUCCUGGCCUCACCAACCAGUACCUGAUAAACUCUUCUUCAGAACUUGCUCUUAUGUACAAUGAUGAGUCAGUGCUCGAGAAUCACCACUUGGCUGUUGCCUUCAAGCUGUUGCAGAAUCAGGAUUGUGAUAUUUUCUCCAACCUGUCCAAGAAACAGAGGCAGACGCUGCGAAAGAUGGUUAUCGAUAUGGUGCUGGCCACAGACAUGAGUAAACACAUGAGUCUGUUAGCGGAUCUCAAGACUAUGGUUGAAACCAAGAAGGUUGCGGGGUCGGGAGUCUUACUCCUUGAUAACUAUACUGACAGGAUACAGGUGCUACAAAAUAUGGUGCACUGUGCAGAUCUGAGUAACCCCACUAAGCCACUUGAGCUUUAUAGGAACUGGGUGUCCUCCAUCAUGGAGGAAUUCUUCCAGCAGGGUGACAGGGAGAGAGAACAGGGCAUGGACAUUUCGCCCAUGUGUGAUAGGCAUUCGGCCACAAUUGAGAAGUCACAGGUUGGUUUCAUUGAUUACAUCGUUCAUCCACUGUGGGAGACGUGGGCAGAUCUUGUCCAUCCAGACGCACAGGAUAUUCUCGACACCUUAGAGGAGAAUAGAGAUUGGUACCAGCGGAUGAUUCCUCUUUCUCCCUCUUCGUCCUCCAAUGAUUUGAAAGAGGAAGACUGCCAAGGCGAAGACUCCUUAGAACAACCCGAAGGGGAACUUUGCGCCGCCGCGGAGCGAAUUCAGAUCCAAUUUACUCUCGAAGACGAAGGCAGUGGAGGACUGGGCGUUCGCUCACCGCCGGGAGACGCUCCUGGCGACGACCCUACAAUGUGACCAUUGGUAGCCUCCUACUGUAACAAACUCAAGCGCAAAGUGAUGAGGUGGCUGCACCUCAAGUGACCAACCCUACAGGAGGUGGGAACAGCGUUUCAUAUUCCUCUUCCCAUCCUCCGUGCUAGUGGCCUGAUCUUUAAAUAACUUUUACCUUUGUACCUCAUCUCCUGAGAUUUUUUCUUAAAAUGCCAGGUCGAUACUCUGGAAUAAAUCUGGUAUUGUUCGCCAGAAGACAGAGCGUCUCCCUAGUGAAAAAUAUACUAUAUAAAUAUAUAUAUAUUACGUUGUGCUGACACUCGGGUGUUUCGUUAGUGCAACUCCAAGUGUGGGUCGACGUCGAGAGAAAGGAAGAGCGAGCGAGAGAGAGAGAGGAAGAGAGAAAGAAGAACGAGCGAGCGAGCGAAAGGAGAGCGAGAAAGAAAGAAAGAAAGAAAGAAAGAGUGCGUUUUGCCUCGUGUCCAUAGUGCGCGCCACCCUGCAGGUUCAGGGAUGUCCGCCUGGGUUAGCCUGAGUUCCCCCCAAAAAAGACUGUGCCGUUUUUGCCCAGCCUCAGCCCGACCCAAUCUUGCCUAAGUGUGUGAUUCAUCAUAUUUUCUCGUAGUUGAGCUGCUGUAGGUCACAACAGUGAAUGAACAGUGCCAAAUUGUUCUUAUUAAAAAUACGGACCUUCAUGACACCGUGACUUUUCAUUUUAUCGAAGUAAAAAGCAACCUAAAAAAGCCAAAAAAGGAGAUAGAAACAAAAGCAAGCACAAGUUUGGGAAGUCAAUUAAUUGUUCUUGCGUGAGGACUGUGGUACAUAUCAGAUGGAGGACAACUAAAAGCUAAAAAGGGCACAAAAGAACUCUCCAUGGUGCUUGUCAUGGUUUUUUUUUCUUUUGAGCGUGUAAGGCAUUAUUAAUUCAUAAUUACUUGCUCUGUCGUUUUAUUAUUACUAUCAGUUUUUUGUUUUUUAUGUAUCAGGUGCCUGAUGGGGUUCCCUGCUCUUGAGUUUCCAAAGCAAGAUAAGCUAAUACUAAUAAUGAUAAUGAUCAUAAUGAUUCAUAACGAUUAAUAAGAAGCCAAAGAUAAUUUAUUGCUUCAGGUUUGUUCUUAGUGGUCUGUGGCAACAGGAAGACCACGAAAUAUGUGUGGCGUUGUUCUUUGUUUUUUAUUAUUGUUUUUAUUAUUUACCUCUUUCUCUUCUUUUUAUUGGUUACCUGUAAGGUGAUGUAAAGUAAGAAGCGAGAGUGUUAUAACGUAUAUGGGCAGCGGAUCCUAUCAGACAGUAUCAGUCAUUACAAAUGAUUAUUGAAGUUUCCGAAGGAGAAAAAAAACGAAAGAUAGUUUUGUCGCGCAAAAGAGAGAAGAAAAAAAGCUAAGCAACUGUACAAACUUCAACCACUGAUUUGUAAUUUCUGGUUGUGCCAAUUUCUUGCAGGGCUGAUAUAAACUGUAGUGUUUUUUUCUCUCUUAAUUAUUUCGCAAUGUCGUAUGUAUAACAAUUUCAGGUUUUUUAUCCUUUCCUCCUUUUUUAGAUGGCUUAUUUUGACACUGUCAUAGAUGUUGGAUAAAUUACGUAUGGUUAAAAAAUAUGAGAGUUUUUGAAUUAGGUAGAAGUCGUUCGUAGUCUUUUCCCCCCCAAUAACAAACACGAGUAUUGAGAGCGUCGUACUACGUCGUAGUCUGUCGUAAUUCAUCAGCUGCUUCGUGUCAGGUCAUCGGGCGAAAUUCUUGAAGCAUAGCGUGAAUAUUGCAAAACACUCCCAAACGAUUAUAUAUGAUAUGAUCACGAAGAGAUUGUGAUAAAGUGUUGAUAAUGAUGGCGAUGAAGAUGAUGAUGAUGAUUAAGAUGAUGGUGACCUGUUAAAAAACUAAACGCUCCGUGAGAGAGACAAUGAGAAAGAGAGAAUUGUAAAUGUACAGUACAUAUAUACAUCUAUAUAUAUCCUGUAUAUAUGUUGUAUAUACAGAUAUAUUCGAUAAACUUUUAUUUCGAGGAACCUGAUGUGUGUGAUAUUCAGGCUAUGGUCACAGAAGUGUGCCUAUAGUGUAUGUGUUGCAUAGCCCAGCUUAUAAAAAAAAAAAGUGAUGAUGUAAUAAAAACCUCUCCCCACCCUUCUCCCUGAAACCCCACGUCCACCCGCCCACAAUCCCAAAACAACCCUCCCAACCCCAACUCCAGCCCCAUACCCCCUCUCCUCCCCCUCCCCUCCCUCUUUCCCUCUCCCCUGAGUGCAAGGGGAAACCCCGUUAUUUAGUUUAGCUGAUGUUUCUCGUACUUAACUUGAGAAGUAUCUCGUAGGCCGACUUUCGAAAGAAAAAUAAACUUGAACUUUUUUCGUCUUGUUUUUUUUUAGAGAUUUUUUUAGACGUUUUCGGAGAGAACAGGGGAAAUAAAAAAAAGAUCCUCUUAGUUCUUUGCUUACAUAUUCAUUUAUUCGUCUCUGUAGUAUUCCCGGAAAGGUAAAUAUUCAGUAGAACUUGACUUAUUGGCACCUAAAGGUCGUAUAGACUUUACAAUGAAGCGAAAAUUAAUCCUUUGUCAAUGGAACACCUGUUUGGACUAUAUCUUUGUAAUGUGUUUCCUAGUAGAUGGAUUCUUGUAAAUGAAUACAGUGAAAGGUUCUAUAAUAAUAUGGAUAUAUAGAUCUAUAUACAUAACAUUAUUUUUAUGAAGAAGAUAAUAACCAUGAUGAUGACAGAUAUGUGUUUUUUUCUCUCUCUCAGACCUCCCUAGGUAAUCUCGCUGAGACUUUAUCAUAGCGUUCGUUCAUUUUCUCCCCUUAGAAGAAAACCUAAAAAAAAUAAAUAAAACGAAAAAUGGGAAAAAAAGACGAAAUUCAUCCUGAUAGGAAUUUGAUGAAUGGAUCCCUUACUUCUGGCAUUCACUAGUAUACAUCUCUCUUGACUUUCUCUUUAUGUACGAAGAAAUGCGAUUAUACAUUUUUGUACGAAACGGGCGAAAAGGAACUAAAUUAUCUAUACGUCAGUUAGAAAAAAAAAAAAAAAGCCCAAUACGAUUUUACAUGUCUGUACGAAACGGGCAGAAAAAAAAAUAGGCUAAACUAUCCAAGUCGAUCAGGAGAGAGAGAGAGAGAGAGAGAGAGAGAGCCUAACUAGGCCUCUGGUUAAUUUUGAAUUCACUCGCAACAUAUUCACUCGUGAUUUGAAUUCUUCACAUUGUGUAGUCAACUUUUGAGUAUUCACAUUCAGGUCAAUUUUUUUCUCAGCUCAUUUCAUUAUAAAUAUAUAUAUACAUAUAUUUAUUAAGGAUAUUUUUCUAUACAAAAAAUAAUAAUAAAAGUGCUGUCUCGUUUUUCGUUUUCAUUGUGAUGUUUCAUAUAGAUUAUGAUGAGUAAGUGCCAUAUAUAAUAUAUCUUAAAUAUUGCAGAAAUGAAAGUUUUAAAAAAAAAGUAAGGUUUAUUCAGACAAUUUUCAUCUUCUUCGACCUCUUUCGAGCAUUCGUGAGUAGUGUGCUACAGUUUAGCGGGGCGUUGUGCUCAGUUUAGCACAAAAAGGAGCAAUUAUUACAUUAUUAUAUAGCAAUUUUAACCCAUCGGUUAUGGUCAGUAUAUUUUUGUCAUUGUAUCUAGAGUCCAGACUUUUCUCGAUUUCCCUUGAUGUAAGAGAGAAUUUAUUUACACAUAUAUUAUUUAAUAUGUGUAUGUAUAUGUAUAUAUAUAUACAUACAGUAAAUAUGUGUAUGUAUAUAUGUAUAUGCAUAUAUGUACAUUAUAUAUAGGUUUUAAUACACAGAGAUUAGAUAUUUUUUCAAUGUCAAAUACUUCACACUUCUAUGUCAAAAUUAUGAAGAGUAUGUAUAUAUACGUUUUCAACAGUGUUAAAUGCUGUAUGUGAUCACUGCUGUGUGCGCCAAUUUCAUAGUUUUGUUCUAAUCCAAGGUUGUUUUUCAUCAUAUAUGUGUAUAUAUGUAUGUGCAAGCUGACACACACAUAUACAUGCAUUAUAAUUAUAUAUAUAUAUAUAUAUAUAUAUAUAUAUAUAUAUAUAUAUAUAUAUAUAUAUAUAUAUAUAUAUAUUUUACCACAUACACAGCAGGCAAAAGCAAGCAUUUAUAUACAAUGUUUGUGUGUAUGAGUAAGCACACAUAUAUAUACACAAAUAUUUAAAUUCAAUGCCUUACCGAAGCAUUAUACUCUCCAAUAACCCAGGUUUCAUUUUUUUUUUUUAUUGAAUUAUGCUCAUAAAUACUUUUUGUAUUGAGUUUGUUAAAAUUGUCAGUCACUGUGAAAAACAAAAAGUCCUAGGCCUAUUGCUUAACGAAGUUAUUCUUCGCUGUUUACGUUGGUAUAAAAUCAAUGAUACGAACAUUAUUAUUAUGUGAUAAAAUCCUUUUUUUUUUUUUUAUCAUCUCUCGAAAUUUGUCACGAUCACGCAAAGUUAAAAUUCUUUCUCUAUGUUGAAUGUACUUCGUCACCAGACGCUGUAGGUAAAAAUUUAAAUUUUGAAAUUGUGGGAAAUGUAUUUUGAAGCUGUCGGUGUAUUUGUUUUUGGAGCUGUUGCUGUGCCCUGGCGAGUUUAUAUGCUUCUCCGAGACACUUAUUAUAUUUUUUCACACUCUCCUCGGAGAGGUCAACAUGAAUACAAAACAAGGAAAAAUGACAACAGCAACAAAAAAAACAAAAACAGUUGGUUUCUUGUUGUAUCUUGAUCACUUUUAGGUUGUGUUAUUGAUAUUCAAAUUAUAUUUUUUAAAAAAAUUCUUAUGUAAAUAUAUAUAUAUAUGUGCAUAAAUCAAUUACAAAUUUUUUAUGUCCAGUGUUUUGCUUUCUUUUAAUUACGAAGCGGAAAAUAACUGUGGUUGAAAUGAGUCGUGAUUUCAGGUCAUUUUGUAUUUGAAUUUGAAAAAAAACUGGUUAUAGUUUAUAGAAAACGAACUGGUUUUUUUAUUAUAGGAACCGGACUGGUUUAUUAUUAUUCGUCAGGCUUGGUGACGACUGAAGUAUUUCGUGAUCGUGAUCACUGUUUUCACGUAGAACAGGAAUUUGUUGAUUUAUCAUUGAUUUGUGUUCAUGUUCCACAUCUGCGUCUCACUCUCCUCGGGACCGACGUAGAGAGAGAGAGAGAGAGAGAGAGAGAUUCGUACAAGGGACAGAUAAAAGGAACAGAUGGAUGAAGACCCUCCUUCCCCCUUCAUCCACUCACUCCCUUUUAGCAGUGGGUGCUACUACUGCUACCACCACUAUUUCUAUUACUACUACUACUACUACUACUACUACUACUACUACUACUACUACGCUGCUGCUGCUAUUACCUGUGGCCGACUUUCCUCCAGCCAGUGGACGGACGGACGCACGGACGAGUUGCGAUUGUCUUUGCUGUCCACUGGGACUAAAAUAAACCGCUGUGUUUCUUAUCCGAAUGGUAUAGUGAUGACCAUUGAUAACGAUACUCUCUUUUCAAGAAGGAAAAAUCUUCUUGGUCUUAAGCGAAAUGCGUGGAACUUUGAUAACAACAACAACAAACGUAUAAUACCAUCAUCAUCCCUUCCUCUGUAUUUGGUUCAAGACGAAAGAGGAGAAUUUAUCUCUCGCCAAUGUUUUUCAUUCAAAGACUAAAUGAAUUCGUUUGAUUAUCGUUAGCAAGAGAGUAUACAUAUACUAUAUAUAUAUAACACGCCCAACCCCUUUGGAGAGUAUUUUGAUGCAACAGGCUACAUGUAAUAAUAAUAAUAAUAAUAUUAAUAAUAAUAUUUUUCUUCUCUUCCUCGUGUCCAAGACCCUAUGGGUCUAUAGUGCCCUCCGACACUGUGGCUGCAUCAAUAUGCUGUUAGAAAUCAAGCACAUUUCAACCUUGCAACCUGAUAUACUUUAGUCAUGUGUACAGUCUGUUGUGCCUAUGUAUAUAUGGGUAAUAUGAAAUCCGUAUAAAUUAUAUAAUUUUAUGUAUAAUAGCUAGAAUUAUUUAAUAAAAUAAACUUUUUGAAUAAAAAUA